GUUGCUGCGUAGCGGUGGCUAAAAACAGAAUCAAUGAGGUCUAAUGAAUAAAACCUGAGAUUUUACUCACGGCGUCACUAAGCUCUGCGUAAUGGUGAAGUUGAGGGCAAGAUGUCUUCUUGUCGGAGAUGCUGCAGUGGGCAAAAGUUCUCUUUCUCAUAUAUUCUACAGUGAUGGUACCCUCUUCCAGAAGAACUAUAGCAUGACAACAGGAGUGGAGCUGAUGAUGAAGUCUGUGAACAUCCCAGAGACCAGUGACACAGUGGAAGUCUACAUCGUAGACACUCCAGGCAAGGAGACAUUAGUGUAUGGCUGUGAGAAAAUGUGGGGUGAGCCAUCCUUGUUGUGCCUGGUGUUUGAUUUGACCAACGAGCAGUCUUUUGUCAACUGUGGGGGUUGGAUGGAGAGAGCCCGUGCACAUUGCCAAGGUCUCCAUGUUCCAGGUGUGCUUGUAGGUAACAAGUCAGAUCUGUCUGCUAGAAGAGAAGUACAGACAUCUGUGGCCCAAGAAUGGGCUCAGAGCCAGGGACUGGAAUAUCAUGAGACAUCAGCUAAAGAGAUGGAAAACUGUGAUGCACCGCUCCUCAGUUUGGCCAGAGCCUUUCACUCUCUCUACCAAGAACAUCGUGAGAACAUCCAAAAUCUUAGUCCAGGCUAGACCCUUUUCAGUUUGCACUCAGUUAAAAACAUUAGGCUUCUAUUCAAGGAAUUCAUUUGGCAGUGGUUUAUUGAAACAAAAGUUAAUACUAUGCACUCACAAAAAAAAA